AUGCUAUUGUAACUCCUCUAAUUUAAAAAUAAAAAUCUACUAAUUCGGGCUUUGACAAAUAAAAUUCAUGAAUUGGAAUAUAAUCAAAAAUCGAAUUAAACAUAUGUUUAUGGAAAUAAUGAAGAUUUGACCGUUGCAGGAUAAUAGUUUCUGGAAUUCUAUUUUUAUGACUACAUGUUGCUACAAGGGUAUUCAUCAUUUUUAGCCUUUAGAUUUCCAAAUCAGUUAUCAUACUUUAAAAAACCAAAUGAUAUAAUUUAAUUAAGGCAGAGGUUGAUAAAUGAUCAGUACUUGGCAGAAAUCGGCUUAUAAUUGAAUCUUCAAAAUUUUUUGAAAGUUGGCAACCAAAUUCAAUUAAAGACUAACUAAAAAGUAUUGGCUGACACAAUCAAGGCUUUGAUCAUUGCACAAUAUUAUGAUAAGUAUUAGGACUUGGAGUCUUUAAGGGACCUUCUGUAUCCUGUGAUGGAAUUCUUAUUAAAUAAGUAGGCUAUAAUAAAAUAUCUUGGAUAGAGUACAGUAGGAAUAAAUUCUCCAAACGUAAUACAAUCCAAAGAAGAAAUUGAAGUGCUGCCCAAAAUGAUAGUUGAGUGGAAAAAGAAUGAGAAAAACAACAAUUAGUCAAUGUUUUUAAUUUAGCUUGUAUUAGAUAUUUAGAGUAAGAUUUUGGCUGAAAAUUAUCAAUUGAAAAUAGAGAAGCAAGGAAUUAGUAAGAGAAUCACUGAGUAAUAAGUUUAUUUGGAAGCUUUGCAAGAAUUAAAACGAUGGUUGUCAACUUAUAACUAAAAUCAAAUUGAAAAAGUAGAACAUUAAGAGGAAAAAUAAAUUAAUCUGUCUACUACCUUAGAUUCCAAGUAAUUCAAUAAUAUGAAUAAUACUGUUUAUGAAUUUACAGAUUAAUUAGAUAAUGAGGAAAACUAAACAGAAUUUUAUGAUUAAUUAUCAUAAAUGUUAAUUUUAAUGGCAGGAAAGUAUGAGUUAUGA